CCUGCGCGGUUCCGGCGAGAUACACACACACACACACACACACGCACGCACAUUUACUGUAACAGUCAGUUCUACAGUUCAGUCUUGGAGUUCUGUUGGUUUCCGUUUCUCAGGCAGUCAUGGCUUUAGCAAGAUUCUUUAUACUACUCGCCCUUUGGGGCAUUUGUGUCAAUGCAUGAGAAAAUGGACGAGGAACUCAGAAAGCAAGGUAUCACAUGUGACUUCACUUUCGAAGAUGUGGCAGAUGACUUAGCUCGUGGCAGCGCAACGGUGACGAGUCCUUUGAGCAAACUGAUGUGGGGUCUGGUGUCCAUGGUGGUCGUGCUGUUGCGUCGAGGAACGUUCUAGACCACCGCAUGACCCGGCUGGAUGUGUGUGUGUGUGGGG